AUGACCUCAAAGGAGAUAGCAAGAAUUGAGGUGACACACUCCAAAGGUGCAUCGUCUCCAAGCAUCACACCAUCGCUUGAACCGUCUACUCCCGGACCGCCUCGCACUUACAGCCGACCGCAGCAGAUUCUUCGCUCGAUCCAACGACAUGUCUGGGACGAUCCGGAUAAGAGCAAAGAAGAAAAAUGGUUUUUGUUCAAGCUUGACCUCUUCCUCCUCAGUAGCGCUUGUCUGGGCUACUUCAGCAAGAACCUCGACCAAGCGAACAUCAACAAUGCUUACGUCUCUGGAAUGAAAGAGUCACUGAACAUGUAUGGAAGCGAAUUGACCUACACUGCCAAUGUUUUCACAGCGGGAUAUGUGAUUGGUCAAAUGCCUGCAGUCAUGCUAGCAAGCCGACUCCGGCCUUCUAUUCUAAUACCGACGCUUGAGAUCAUCUGGUCGGUUUUAACCUUCUGCUCAUCGUCUGUGACGAAAACAUCGCACUUGUACGCUAUUCGGUUCCUCGUCGGAUUGUGUGAAUCGGGAUAUUUUCCAGUGAUGAUUUAUCUGAUUGGAAGUUGGUACACCAAAGCAGAAAGAGGAAAGCGAGUCGCUUUGUUUUACUGCACCGCAGCUCUUGCAAGCAUGUUCAGUGGCUACAUCCAGGCGGGCGCAUACAGCGGUUUGGAUGGUGUCAUGGGAAGACAAGGUUGGCAGUGGUUAUUCAUAGUGUGCGGCGUCAUCUCCCUUCCCAUCGCCUUCCUCGGAUACUUCUUCAUUCCCGACUUCCCUGAAACCACGCGCGCCUUCUACAUCACCAAGGAGGAAGCUGCGCGCCAGUGCGCACGUCUCAUCGAAGAAGGCCAAAAACCUCUUGGACAUAAUCCCUGGAACAAGAAGAAGAUACUGCACAUCGCCAAACAGUGGCAAUUAUGGGUUCUGCCACUGGGUUACUUCUUCGUGCAGACGAGCUUUCCCAAUGAACAACCUGCGUAUGCGCUAUGGCUCAAGUCAACUGGGCACUCAGUAUACCAAAGAAAUGUCUGGCCCACCGGCCAAGUCGCUGUCGGUGUCGUGGUGCAAAUCCUCGCAGGAAUGCUCUCGGACUCGCCGCUACUUGGAGGCCGGCGGUGGCCCGCUAUCAUUGUGAUGCAAACCGGAAUGCUGUUUGGCGCCAUCAUAAUCGCCAUUUGGAAGGUGCCUGAUACUCUGAAGUAUGUUGCUUACUACUUCACGUAUUUCGGGGCUGGAGUGCCAGGGCCGUACUUCGCUUGGUAUUCAGAUCUGAUACCGCACGAUCAUGAGAUGCGUGGCUUUGUCAUUGCGGUGUCAAAUAUGUUCAGUUACAUCAUGCGCAUAUGGUGGACAAAUGCGGUGUGGCGGACGAUCGAUGCACCAAGAUACAAAGCUGGAUUCAUUGGAGCAUCGGCAAUGGGUGUGGGGAUGAUAGCUUUGACCUUCUUGUUGCGAAUGCUACAGAAUAGGGAUGAGAAGAGAAGAACUGAAGAAGUCGCACCGACUGAAGAAUCCGAGCUAACGGCAUAG